AUGUUGGAUGAGAAGAAGAAGGCUGCAGAUCGGUACCUGAAGCGCCAAGUUCUCGGAGAGGGCACAUACGGCGUCGUUUACAAGGCCUUCGACACCAUGACUGGGCAGACUGUUGCCAUUAAGAGAAUUCGGCUUGGGAAUUACAAGGAGGGUGUGAAUUUCACUGCACUUAGGGAAAUCAAACUCCUUAAAGAGCUCAAGGACCCGAAUAUAAUUGAGUUGAUUGAUGCAUUUCCUCAUGAUGGAAAUUUGCACCUAGUGUUUGAAUUCAUGCAGACUGACUUGGAAGCUGUUAUUCGAGAUAGAAAUAUUGUUCUUUCUCUAGCUGAUAUAAAGUCAUAUAUGCAGAUGACUUUGAAGGGGCUUGCAUAUUGUCAUAAGAAAUGGGUUGUUCAUAGAGAUAUGAAGCCAAACAAUUUACUGAUAGGAGAAGAUGGACAGCUUAAAUUAGCAGAUUUUGGUUUAGCACGCAUAUUUGGGAGCCCAAAUCGCAAAUUCACUUACCAGGUUUUUGCUCGAUGGUACAGGGCACCUGAAUUGUUGUUUGGUGCCAAACAAUAUGGAUCAGGGGUUGAUAUCUGGGCUGUGGCUUGUAUAUUUGCUGAGCUUCUCCUUCGCAGACCCUUUCUGCAGGGAUCUAGUGACAUUGAUCAAUUAGGAAAGAUCUUUGCAGCAUUUGGGACUCCAAAACCUUCCCAGUGGCCUGACAUGGUUUGCCUUCCUAAUUAUAUGGAAUACCAGUAUGUUCCGGCACCCCCAUUGCGAACAUUGUUUCCAACUGCAACUGAUGAUGCUUUGGAUCUUUUAGCAAAGAUGUUCACUUAUGAUCCAAGAGCAAGAAUUUCUGCAGAGCAGGCACUGGAGCACAGGUAUUUUUCUUCUUUACCGCUGCCAACUAAACCAGUGGAGCUUCGUAUACCCCCUCCAAAGGGGGAUUCUUCCAAUUCUGAACCCUUAGAUCUUAAUCAGCAACAGAGUGGUCCAACUGUACUAUCACCAUCAAGAAAAUUGAGGAGAGUGACACUAGAUCAUGAAAGGAUUUGAUAGGGACAGAUAUCAGAGUUGAGAGUUGUUGAUCUUGUAAACAAUAUCAGACAUCUGGUCAGAGCACAGGCAGGAACCAACAUAUGCCAGUGUCUAUGGGUGUCUGUGUGUUUGAAUGAAGAUAUCCCUAUAUAUCCAUAAUUUACAGGCGGCCGUUCUGAUGGAUGACAUCUCAAGAGAGAAGUGGAAGUGGAAUUUCCGCAUACAGUGGGGACCUUCAUGGAGGUAAUGACUCUCAGAUUCAACUCUCUACUCAAGAGAUUGGCGCACCUUGGUUUUGAAUAAUGUGGACCAAUUCAUUAUCAUACUCAAUAUACAUUUUUAUGUUGUACUGGGUCAUUAUGAAUUCUAAAUGAAGAUGUGUGGACCCCGCAUUUCGGCUCA